AUGGCCAAAAAUGUUGCUGAAAUAACCAGUUUGGCUUCCCUCGAUCAAAGACUAGCCAUUGCCAAGCGUUGUUCUCAUGAAGGUGUGGUGGCGGGAGCCAAAGCAGCUGUCGUGGCUUCCAUUGCAACUGCAAUUCCUACUGUGGCAAGUGCAAGAAUGAUGCCUUGGGCUAGAGCCAAUCUCAAUCCCACUGCUCAAGCCCUAAUCAUCUCCACAGUGGCUGGAAUGGCGUAUUUUAUUGUGGCUGACAAGACUGUUCUGGCUACGGCACGUCGGAAUUCCUUCAAGCAAGCUUCUCCCGGUGACAACUUUAUCGAACCGUGA